AUGUUCACGGUCUCUAACUUGCGGACUUCGCGCUCGGUGCGCGUAGUCGUUGGUCUUUUGAUUUCCCUCAUACUCGCUUACUCCUUCUAUCUGGGCUGGAAACCGUUACAUACGUUGCCACCCAGUUCCAAGACCUCAUUACACACACCUGCGACCGGUAGCGCGGGCUCAUCACCCCACAUCCCUUCAAAGGGGUGGCACUCGGCCAAGAAUGAUUACAUCUCGGAAUCGCAGCGAGCAUACAUCAACAGCUGGACCGACAAGAAUCCCUCUUUCCGCCAUGAGCUGCUGACUGAUCAAUCGGCCGAAGCAUUCGUUCGAGCAUAUUACCAGCAAACGCGGCCCGAUAUCGUUCAAGUCUACGAAGGCCUCUCAAUCCCAAUCUUACGGGCGGAUCUCUUCCGUUACCUGGUCGUUCUCGCCGAGGGCGGAUACUGGAGCGAUCUGGAUGUCUCAUCUGAGAAACCCUCCGCGGAGUGGGUACCAGCGGAGUACACAGACCAACACAUUGAUAUGAUCGUCGGACUAGAAUUCGACCUCGAGACGCGAGGACCCGGAACAGAAGUCGCGUCCCAGUUCUGCAACUGGGUCUUCUCGGCACAGCCAUCAUCGCGCAAUCUCCAAGUCAUCGUCGACUCGGUGGUCAAUACAUUGAAGAAGAUCGCUAACGACAACCAAGUUUCCAUCUCGGGAAUAACACUGGAGAUGCUUUCCGAUGUUGUUAAUGUCACUGGACCCAAGAUCAUGACCAUUUCAAUCCUGGAUGGACUGAAGAAAUUGCUGAGUAGAGAAGUCGAUGAUCGUGACUUUGCAGGGAUUAAGCACCCAAAGCUGAUUGGUGAUGUUCUGAUUAUGCCAGGGGUCUCCUUUGCUGCGGCUCAGAAUGGAUUCCCCAAGGAUCAGGGAGAUCCUCUUGUCACGCAUCAUUAUGAGGGAUCGUGGAAGCAGGCCGAUGCGGAGGCGAAGGAAAGAAAAAAGCAACAGCAGGCACAGUCAGGAUGA